AGUGUUUUUGUUUAUAAAAUCAUCUGGUUUUCAGUUACAUUAGAUUGUCAUCCAAUUUUUUGGUUAACCCAUUUUUGAGUAAAUUUUGUAAUUUCAAAUUUUUCCUCAACAACCCACUUUUGUUGUAAACAUUAUUUAAGUUAAAUUUUAAUUUUGUCUUGUACGUAAUCAACCUUUAAAUGAUAAUCAACCAAAGAUGAUUGAUUAGCCAAAAUGAUUUGAUUUUUAAAGAUACAAGCCCACCAAGGUUUCAAUAUCGCCAUAAACAAAAUCAAUUAUUUGAUUAACUUUGGAUCUUCCUUUGGACCCUGGAUGAACUUAUUAUUUCCAUUCUUCUAUUGCUGACUUAACUUUUGGAUCUAUCUGUAUUCACACAUCCUUCCAAAUUGGUAUUCACCAAAACAAUCAUGCUAAUUGAGCUAUCUAUAAUUUUUUUAUCAAUCGCCUUAGCUGUCACUGUUUUUUUGGCUCUUUGUUACUUUGGUCUUUUUGAGACAAUUUCCGUCAAAACUGGUGAAAGCCCAUAUGACUUUGGUGGCAAAAAAUUUAUAUACAAAAUGUACAAGGCUAAUUCUGCCAAUAUUGGACCCAAUUUUACUAAAUUAACUGCUCUACUCUAUCCAUUCAAAGAUGAAACUCUUGUCCCCGUUCUUAUUACUCAGCCUCUAGGAUUCAAGUCAACCAAAUCCCUGUUGGGUGUUUUAUUUGAACAAAAUAAUGAGGCAGUUGAAAAGAUGUUGCUUUCAAAAGACUACAAAAUAAUGACCCUUCCUCAAGUUAAUCAUGUUGUUUCUGCCACAUUCACUAACAAAGGUUCCAUAUCGGUAGUUAUUGCUUUAAAACGAGUUUAUCCAGUGAUUACCGAUUAUAUAAAGGAAAACAAGCUUUGUGCUUACCCUUCUAUAGAAAUUUACAAAGGAGAUAUGAUUUAUUUCCUAUCUCCAUUAUCCAAACAACAAGAUUUCUUCAUGAACGAAGAUUCAUCAGAAAGCUCAAGUGAAGAGGGUGACAGUGAUGAUGGACCAGUUGACGGUGACCAAGAUCUCAGAGAUAAUGACGAUUCUGAUGAUGAUAAUAAUGCAGUGCCAAGCACAGCUUCAAGUAUUGCAAGCUCAUCUUCUUCCUUCGAACAGCUCAUUGCUGAUGAUGUAUUAACAAGCUGAUGCAUCAUUUUUUUCUAAUAAGUGGUGGCCAUAAUGUCAUAACAAUUUUGAAUUACGCAUCAGUACAUUCUCUUGUUAUUAUAUAUUUUUGUUGCAAUAGGUCUUAUUUUUUUUCUUCAUCCCACAGUUACACCUUACGCUGAUCGUUGCAAUAAUCAAGGAACAAAUACAAGUUCAGUAAGGGGACUAUAACUGUAAUUGUUGGAGAAAAUCUGGUUUCAAUUAAAUUCUAAAUGUGUGGUAAUCUUUCUUACCACUUCAAAUUUUGUUUUAUUGUAA